UCCCCUCGCCGCGCCGCCGUGGCCAUCAUCAUCCGCGUCCGCCCCAACAGCGUCGUCGGCCCACAACACCACAAGAAUCCCACGCGAGACCCAUUAGCCUUCCUCAACCUCGAAUGGGUGCAAAACGGCGAGCCGGAGAUCCUGUUUGUGCGCCGCGCGGUCAAUCAGAGGGAUCGGUGGAGCGGGCAUAUGGCGUUCCCUGGUGGAAAGGCGGACCCGGAUGAGACGGAGCAGGAGGCCGCGGAGAGGGAGACGGUGGAGGAGAUUGGACUGGAUAUUAGCACCGACGAGUUUUUGUGUCUGGGCGCGUUGGAUGAUCGGGAUGUGAAGCCGGCUGCGAGCGCGAAGGCUGUGCUGCUGCUGUCGCCUUUCGUAUACCUCCAACUAUCACCCUCAACACCUCCACUCGUCCUCCUCCCCGAAGAAAUCGCUUCGAUC